CGCAGAGGGACGUGCACAAAUGGGACUAAAUGGGACUCAGAAGAAAGCCGGGGGGCGGCACAUAGCAGGUACCUGGGCGCUUACACGGUAUCACGUGACAGGGCUGUGGGAAAUUUGCGGACAAGAGAAGAAAAGAGAGAUAGCAAAUAUGGACGGUAUAGAGUCUGUGAAUUGUAGUUGAGGCCAGAUUUGAAAGCACACGGAUCGCUCGCAAGUAAGACACUUGGGUGUGGUUUAGCUGCGCUUUGCCCCGGAAUAGCUUGUUUAUGGUUCCUAGCAAACUCUACAGACCUGCAAUGUAGUGAGCGCUGCGGGCACUUCCCGGAAGAUGGCACAUGCUGGUUUGCUGCUGAGGCUGAAUUGCCAGGAGUAUAAGAACUGGAUGAAAGCAGGACAGUGUUUGCUGCUGCUCAAGGACUCCCUGCAAGAAUUCAUCGCCUCAGAGAUGUCUGCCUUCCACAAACACCUCAGCAACAGGAUCCCGCCUCCCAGGGCAAGAUGUCAGUGCAGAGCCAGAGGCAGGCAGUUCAAUCCUGGGUGUUUAGUUUGUGCGGAAUGGAAAAAGCAUAUUUUGGAGCACCAUACCAACAGAAAUGGAGAAAUACACUGGGGCAACUGUGAUCCAUCAUUGUGGUCUGGACAUUACUGGGAAGUAGCAAAGGCAUAUAUGCCACGGGGAUGCACAGACAAGAAAAGGCCAGAGGCAUGUGAUGCAUCCGCUCUUCUUAAUUUGAUAACAACAUGUGACCACUUUAGAGGGCCUGACCUGUCUAAAGUUAGAGAGGUUAUAAAGUGUCGUAAUGACUUAAUGCAUUCUUCAGACAUGAAAGUGUCAUCUGCCUGGCUCAGACAAUUUGGAAAUAAGAUACAGAAUUUUGUUUCUGAAUUCAGACAUGUACCAGGGAUAAAGGAGGAAGGGAGCAAAAUCCAAGAGGUGCUGCAGUCAGACUGGGCUGUACUAGAACAGAAUUUGGAUACAUAUGAUGGAUUUACUUUAGAAUGUGAUGCAGCAAACCCAGUUUUCCCAAUAUGUGACCUAGAAUUGCUAAUGAUAGAUGAGAUGCUACAAGAGCUUUAUUACCAGCUGGAGGAAGAGGAUACACUGUCAGAAAAGGAUCUGGAUAAUUUUCAAACGAUGCAAAACUUCUUAUCAGAACAUAAAGAUCUUCAGUCUGUUUUCCAAUCAAAAAUGGACAAGCUUGCACUCCUACUAAAGAACCAUGCUGAAUUGAAAGUUGGUCUCGGCCAAGAGUGAAUUAAUCUACAAUUGCAAGAGGAGCAGGAAUGGAGAGGCUGUGAAUUUUCAGGUGUUGGGCAUAUACUAUUAAUAUAUGUAACUGCAUAAUUCUACCUUUUCUCUAAUAAUUAGAGAGCAGGUGUAUCUGUCUAUUGACUUGUUGGUGACAUCUGACCCUGAAAAAUAAUGGAGCAGUUAAGGGAGCUUUUUAAUUCAGGGUCUGCCUCAUAGUUGCCUCUGAAUGGAAAUGUGGCAGAAAUUAAAGUAAACAGUUCUCAGACCAGUCUUCUGGGCUCCCCGAGAUCCCAGAAUAUCCAUUGAUGUACCAAGUGGAGUUUGGUCAUUGCUCAGAAGGGAUGUUAUCCAGAUUGGGAAAUUAUAUUUUCAAAAACUUGGAUGAGAUUUACAAAAAAUGAUAUGAAAUAUCUACUGACAUUUUUUAAACUUUUAUCAUGUUUCUUUCUAUGUGAAAUAAAUCAAAACUGAUUGACA